AUGUUAGGUUAUCUGUUUGAUAUAGAAGGUGGAGAGAACAUUCUAGAUAUCAUUAACAAUGAUUAUGAUGAUGAUGAUGAUGUUGAAAUGGUUGAUGUUAAAGAAGGAGAGUUGGUGGAACCUGAUUCCCGGAAUUCUUUGGGACAAAGUGAAGCUGGAGGUACCAAUGAACCAAAUGAAGACUCUCAUAAUAAGGACCACAUGCUUAGAGCUCAAAAGAAAAGGAAUAAGAGAAAGAAGAAAGCUUCAGGGUCCAACAAGAUUUGUGAUAGAUGUGCGUCGCCGUUUGAAAGAGAAAAACAAUAUAUGUUAUACACUGUUGUAGGUUGCCUUGGGGUUUUUGCACUAAGCGAUCUCGUUAGAUAG